AUUUCUCCCAAAGCAAACUAACGAAGGCUGUCCUGCAGGAGGUCAGCAUUCAUAAUCGCUUGUAUUAGAAGGCGUUAAACAAUUCAAAGUACUUUUACGUUUGAAUUGAUUUUUUUUUGUUUUAUUUCGAAAGUUCCAAAUCAUUGUAAAGAUUUAUUCUUUCACACAUAUAAAUUCUUGAAAAAGGGAACUUAAAAAGGUUGUAUUACGGACGAAGGGAUUUAUUUGGUUUAUUUGUUGUUUAGAGACUUUUUUUUUUUUCACAGUCAUAUACUCAUAUUUUAUUAUUUCUUUGGGAUCAUUUUGACAUAAUUCAAAAUUUACACCAUGGACGCUCAAUUUACCCUUGAACUUACUCAGUUAUUAUACCAGAGCACUGCUCCUGAUACCACUCAAAUUACUGAGGCUACGCGCGCCUUAGAAACAAAAUACUUAAAGGAGCCUAGUUCUUUGCUAUCAUUGUUACACAUCAUGGGAACAUGUGAAAACUUCCAAGUGCGUCAGCUUGCGGCUAUUGAAGCUCGUAAGCUCAGCCAUAAGUAUUGGCCUGAUGUUCCAGCUGAGAUUCAGAAUCAAGUUCGUGCAAAUUUAUUGGAAAUUACAAUUAAAGAACCCGAAAGCAUUGUGCGCCAUGCAUUUGGCCGUGUCAUUGCUGCAUUGGCUAAAAUUGAUCUUCCUGAUGGCAAGUGGAAUGAUCUUUCUGGAUUUUUGGUUCAAGCAGCCAUGGAUCCAAACGAUUCUAUCCGUGAAAUGGCCAUCUAUGUUCUUUAUUCCAUUGCUGAAACAGUCGAUCUUGACAGCAAGUUGCUCUUAGACUUUGUUCAUUUGUUCUCUCGCACCAUCACCGAUUCUAGCCGUACUGUCCGAGUUACGUCCGUUCAGGGCUUGGGUGCCGUCGCCGAAGUUUUAGAAGCCGACGACAAAAGGCUUUUACAUACCUAUCGUGACACCUUACCUAGCAUGCUUAUGGUUUUGCAAGAUGUCGUCCAAGUAGGCGAUGAGGAUGCUUGCAAAACUGUGUUUGACGUUUUUAACACUUUUCUCAUUGUCUCUGGUGCCAUCAUCUCCAAGGUUCUUGGAAACAUCAUUGAGUUGAUUACUGGUAUUUCUACAUCAAAGCAAAUUGAUGAUGAAAUCCGCUGUAUGGCAUUAUCCUUCAUUAUUUCAUGCAUUCGCUUCAAGUCCCGAAAGUUGCAAGCUCUUAAGCUUGGUAAAUCUCUAAUUCUUUCUCUCAUGCAAGUCGCCACUGAAGAUACUACUGAGGAUGUUGACGAGGACUGCCCUGCCCGUCUCGCUUUACGUGCUAUUGAUCUUCUCUCCACCCACUUGUCUCCUAACCAAGUAUUCUAUCCUAUGCUAGAAGCGGUCAUGACCUUCUCUCAAUCCCCUGAGCCAGGCCAUCGCAAGGCCGCUUUAUUGUCCAUCGGUGUCGCCGUCGAAGGUUCUUCUGAAUCCGUUGCAUCAAGCCUUCCUAACAUCUUCCCUCUCAUUGUUAAUGGCUUAUGCGAUGUUGACAUGAACGUUCGUCAAGCUGCUUUGUUGGCUCUUAGUCAAAUUGCCGUCGAAAUUCCUAUGGAGGUUUCAAAGCAUCAUGCUCAACUCUUGCCUCUUGUAUUUGAGUUAAUGUCCACUCAAGGUGUUAAAGUUGGAAAAUCCGCUUGUAACUGUAUUGAUGCAUUGCUUGAAGGUCUUGACAGGUCUGAAAUUAGUGGUUAUUUGCCAAUGCUCAUGGAACGCCUUGUUAGUCUUUUAGACUCAAAUGUCACCCCUGACAUCAAGAGUUGUGUGGCUGCUGCCAUUGGCUCUGCUGCUUUCGCUGCUCAGGAAGACUUUUUGCCAUACUUUGAACGUACUAUGGCUAGUUUGUCCAAUUGCUUACACACAUCUGAUGAUGAUGAGGGAUAUGAACUUCGUGGUACCGUCAUGGAUACUUUGGGCGCUAUUGCUAACGCAGUUGGUAAGCAAGCUUUCUUACCUUUCACCGAACAGCUCAUUCAGUUGGCCUAUGAAGGCAUCCAAAUUGAUCAUUCUCGUCUCCGUGAAUGCUCAUUCUGUUUCUAUGCUGUUUUGGCUCGUGUUUAUAAGGAAGAAUUUGCUCCCUUUUUGCCUCACAUUGUGCCAGCAUUGUUCAAGUCUCUUGACCAAGAUGAAACGGAUGUGUUAAGUGAAAAGGUCGGGGCUCCUACUGCUGAUGAAAUUGGUCAAUUACUUGAGUCCUCUGAAGCUAAUGACGAAGAAGAUGACGAAGAAUUAGAAAAGGCUAUGGGUGUUAACUCUGCUAUUGCUAUGGAAAAGGAAAUAGCUGCUGAUGCUCUUGGUGAAGUCUGCACUUACGUCGGCGCUCCUUUUGCUGAAUAUCUUGAACCUACUGUCGAAAAGUUAGUUGCAUCUACCACACAUUUUUAUGAAGGUGUUCGAAAAUCUUCUCUGACUAGUUUGUGGCGUUGCGCUACUACUUUCUACAAGGCUUGCAACUUACCCCAAUGGAAAGCUGGGUUGCCUUUACAAGUUCCAGUUCCUGAUGCCGUUCAAAACAUCUUUGCUGCUGUUAGAAAAUGCUCCUUUGAUACUUUGGAAGAAGAAUAUGAAAAAACUGUCGCCACUGAUAUCCUUCGUAACCUUGCUGAAGCCAUCAAAACCUGUGGUCCUGUCGUUUUAGGAGACGAUUAUCCCAAGAUUUGCGAAAUUGUUAUGGAGGUCUUGCAAAAGCAGCAUAUUGUGCAAGCCGGUGAUAUCUUUGAUGAAGAUUUUGAAGAGGAAGACGUUGUUAGUAACGAAGAAGUAGACGAUACUGAGCAAGAUGCUAUGUUUAUUGAUUCUGCUUGCGAUGUUGUUAUUGCCCUUUCAAUGGCCUUAGGAGAGUCGUUUGUGGAUUCUUUCCAAGUAUUCUUCCCUCAUAUCAUUAAAUAUUACUCAAGCAACAAUGGUACUGAACGUGCUAUGGCUGUUGCUUGCAUGGGUGAAGUUGCUGGUGGUAUUGAAUCUGCUAUUACACCUUUUACUGCAGAUGUUUUCACAUUAUUUAUGACUGCUUUAGAGGAUCCUGAGGGUGAGGUUCGCAGCAAUGCUGCUUACUCUAUGGGUUUGUUAUGUCAAUUCUCUACUGAAAAUCUUUCUUCUGAGUACCUCAAUAUUCUUCAUAAACUUCAACCCUUCUUUACCCAAGAAAUAUUCCGUACUGCUCUCGAUAAUGCAAUUGGUUGCAUUUCUCGUUUAAUUUUACAUGAUCAGAAUGCUAUUCCUUUGGACCAAGUCUUACCCAUUGUCUUCUCCAAACUUCCGUUGAAGGAAGAUUACUUAGAAAAUGCACCCUUGUAUUACAUGAUUCUUCAUCUUUACCGUCAAAAGAACCCAGUCCUUUUGCAACAUUUGGGUGAUUUAAUUCCUGUCUUUGCGUCUGUUUUGACAGGACCGGCUGAACAACUUAAUGAUGAGUUACGCUCUCAGAUCCUGAACUUACUUAAGGAAAUCGCUCCUGAAUUCCAAACUCUCAUUUCUACUUUCCCUCAUUUGGUUGCUUUAUUACAGUAAACGAUUUUUUAUACUUUCUCUGAUCGUUAGGGUAUUUUAAUAUUAGGAUAGGAUUAACAAGACUUUGGUAUUCUAAUUGAUGCCAUUAAUAAUUUAAU